GAUUCCUAUCCUGCCUACUUCUCCACUCCUUCCCUUCCUUCUCUUCUCUUCUGACUCCUCCACUCUGGACUCCUGUCGGUGAAAUCCUUCGUGCCUCUCCCAUUUUUUAUUCUCAUUUCCCGCCUUCCUUUCUUCUAGUCCCGGGAGCCAAUGAGAGACAUUGCCUCCGUUUAAGCGACGGCUUGAGACUCGGAGUGCACGAGGGGGCAUCGACACUGAGUGGUAAUGGAGAGCACCCCUUCCAGGGGUGGACUGAAUCGAGUACACCUACAAUGCAGGAAUCUGCAGGAAUUCCUAGGGAGCCUGAGCCCUGGGGUACUGGAUCGAUUGUAUGGGCACCCUGCCACCUGUCUGGCUGUCUUCAGGGAGCUCCCAUCUUUGGCUAAGAACUGGGUAAUGCGGAUGCUCUUUCUGGAACAGCCUUUGCCGCAAGCUGCUGUAGCUCUGUGGGUGAAGAAGGAAUUCAGCAAAGCUCAGGAGGAAAGCACCGGGCUGCUGAGCGGCCUCCGUAUCUGGCACACCCAGCUGCUCCCUGGUGGUCUCCAGGGCCUCAUCCUCAACCCUGUAUUCCGCCAAAACCUCCGCAUUGCCCUUCUGGGUGGGGGCAAGGCCUGGUCUGAUGACACAAGUCAGCUGGGACCAGACAAGCACGCCCGGGAUGUCCCCUCACUUGACAAGUACGCUGAGGAGCGAUGGGAGGUGGUCCUGCACUUCAUGGUGGGAUCCCCCAGCGCAGCUGUCAGCCAGGACUUGGCUCAGCUCCUCAGCCAGGCUGGGCUCAUGAAGAGUGCUGAACCUGGAGAGCCGCCCUGCAUUACCUCUGCGGGCUUCCAGUUCCUGUUGUUGGACACCCCAGCCCAGCUCUGGUACUUUAUGUUGCAGUAUCUGCAGACAGCCCAGAGUCGGGGCAUGGACCUAGUGGAGAUUCUCUCCUUCCUCUUCCAGCUCAGCUUCUCUACUCUGGGCAAGGAUUACUCUGUGGAAGGUAUGAGUGAUUCUCUGUUGAACUUCCUGCAACAUCUGCGUGAGUUUGGGCUUGUUUUCCAGAGGAAGAGGAAAUCUCGGCGUUACUACCCAACGCGACUGGCCAUCAAUCUCUCAUCAGGUGUUUCUGGGGCUGGGGGCACUGCACACCAGCCAGGCUUCAUUGUCGUGGAAACCAAUUACCGACUGUAUGCCUACACAGAGUCGGAGCUCCAGAUCGCCCUCAUUGCCCUUUUCUCUGAGAUGCUCUACCGCUUCCCCAACAUGGUGGUGGCACAGGUGACCCGGGAGAGUGUGCAGCAGGCCAUCGCUAGUGGCAUCACAGCCCAACAGAUCAUCCAUUUCCUAAGGACAAGGGCCCACCCAGUGAUGCUUAAACAGACACCUGUGCUGCCCCCCACCAUCACAGACCAGAUUCGGCUGUGGGAGCUGGAAAGGGACAGGCUCCGGUUCACCGAAGGCGUCUUGUAUAACCAGUUCCUGUCACAAGUGGACUUUGAGCUGCUGCUGGCCCACGCGCGGGAGCUGGGCGUCCUGGUGUUCGAGAACUCGGCCAAGCGGCUCAUGGUGGUGACCCCGGCCGGGCACAGCGACGUCAAGCGCUUCUGGAAGCGGCAGAAGCACAACUCCUGAGAGUGCGGGACCGGCCCCGGGCGGGGCGGGCCCGGGAGGGUGGGGCCGCGUGGAGGCGGGUGCGGCCUCAGAACUCAGGUGUUCUUUUUAUUCACACGUCGGGACUCUUGUUUAAUAAAGUUGUGAAAGUGAACCACAC